CACCUGGCGUUGCCCUCCGGCCCCCGCGAAGCCCCGGCGAGCGAUGGAGGGAGAUCCCACCCUGCAGCUCCGUGUCUUCAACCUCAACUGCUGGGCCAUCCGCUACCUGAGCAAACGGCGGCAGGAGCGCAUCCGGCUCAUUGGGGACAUGCUGUGCCAGGAGAGCUUCGACCUGGUGCUUCUGCAGGAGGUGUGGAGUGAGCAGGACUACAGCAACCUGAAGGCGAAGCUUGGAGGCUGCUAUCCCUUCUCCUAUUACUUCCGCAGUGGGGUGAUUGGCAGCGGACUCUGCGUCUUCUCCAGGUUCCCCAUCCUGGACACCCUCCUCUACCAGUACUCACUGAAUGGGUACCCCUACAUGCUCCAGCACGGGGACUGGUUCUGCGGCAAGUCCGUCGGCCUCGUUGUCAUUAAGAUCUCUGGGAUUGUCUUCAACGUCUAUGUCACCCACCUGCAUGCCGAGUACUGCCGGGAGAAGGACGCCUACCUGCCCCACCGCCUGGUGCAGGCCUGGGAGCUGGCGCAGUUCAUCCGACACACCUCGAAGGCGGCUGACGUUGUGCUGCUGGGAGGGGACCUGAACAUGCACCCCGAAGAUGUGGGCAUCCGGCUGCUGCGCGGCUGGACGGGGCUGCGGGAUGCCUUCACCGAGGCCACGCGCUUUGAGGGCUGCAAGGACGGCUGCACCCUCGUCCCCAACAACUGCUUCACUGUCAAGUCAGAGCUGUUGCCCUUCCCACUGGGCAUCCGCAUCGACUACAUCCUCUACAAGGCCGUCUCCAGCUUCACGGUGAAGUGUGAAGAGAUGAAGACCACCAUGGGGACAGCACCGGGCACGGACAUCCCCUUCUCAGACCAUGAAGCCGUGAUGGCAACGCUGCACAUCCGGAGGCAGGGACAGGCUGUGGGUGCCAACCUUGGCACAGCUGAGCCGACGCUGGUGGACGUGGUGACAGAGGCACGGACGGAGGUGGGCGUGGGGCUGGGGGCAGCGCGGCGGCAGCGCUACUCCACGGGCAGGAUGGCCGUGCUGGCCCUGCUGCUGCUGCUGCUUCAGGCAGCGGCCGCGCUGGGCACUCUGGCAGGGCUGGCGGCCGGGCAGCCCUUCCCCAAGCUCUCCUUCUCCCUGCUGGCCUUCCUCGCCAUCGGCGUCCUCCUCCUUGCCACCGGCCUCCACCUCUUCCACACCAUCGAGGUGAAGAUGCUGCAGGGCACCGAGGAGCAGAUGCGGAUGGCGCUGCGGGCACUGCAGGAGCAUCCCAGCAGCAGAUGAGCCAGGGCUGUGGGUAGCCCACGAUGACCCCCCGCCCCUAUCCCAGCCCCUUUUGGUCCUUUUUUCUAGUUGACAUCUGGUUUUAGGUGAGCAGUGCAGGUUCGACAGCCACCUCACCGGGUGAAAUUAAGAUUUUUUGGGGGCAGAUUUGUCAUGUUUGCCCCUGUGGGAACCACGACAGAGGCAGAUUUUAAUUGCUGGGGUUUUUUUAAUACACCCUUUCUACCCAGAGGGACCCACCUGCAUGGCUGGGAGACUUGAGAGGCUGAGCCUCCCCUUGCCCGGGGCAGCCUCAAGGGCUCCUGGUGAAAGCUGAUGGCUGCGCUGGCAACCAAAUUUGACUCAGACAGAAAAUAAAGGCAGUGUUUUAGUCCUUGG